GUAAUCACGGGUUCUAAAAUUUCAUCAGCAACACCAGCGAGACCACUCAACCUCACAGAAGCUGUGGAUAUCAGGUUCCCAUUGAUAUAAGCUGAAUCUGCAUUGCCAGUAGAUUUAAAGGCCGAUAAAUCCCUUGUAAUUCUUAACUACCUUCAAGAUUUGUUUGCUCAGCCUUUGUAUGACGUAACCCUUAGGAACCAUUUCAGUCCGACUCGCUCGACAUCAUCACCAUUCCAAGGUUCCUUUUCAAGUCUCAAACUGCCAACAAAGAACAAGAGAUCUGAAAAACAAUCAAUGAGGUCAUUUUUAAACCCUUGGUUACAAAAUUCAACCCAGUGAUGAUGAAGGAGGCCGAGCAGGCACGUUUCAACGCUCUCCUCGAGUGGAGCAGACAACAUGGUGGCACCAUCCAUCCAGCCCUCGAGAUCUACAAGGACGACGUGACGGGGUAUUCGAUGCGAGUCAAGCCUUCGUCGACAGAAGAGACCGAACGUCUCAUAAAAUCCGGCGAAGAGGUGUUGCGCUGCCCCUUGAACACCAGCUUGUCGUUCCUCAAUGCCGCCACCGGCAGGCCCAUUGUCGCAGGGUCAUCAAAAUGCGCUGAGCCACACCCUGCCUUCCCCCCACGAUUCAUGGAAAUCCAGCCACACGUGAUUGGGCACUUCUAUCUCAUGAACCAGUACCUCUUGGGGAAGGACUCUUUCUGGUACCCAUAUAUCAGCACUCUCCCACAGCCAGAUUCCAUCUCGUCUUGGAGCCUCCCCCCGUUCUGGCCCGACGAGGACUUUGGUUUUUUGGAGGGGACCAACGCCGCCGUGGCGGCACAGGAAAUUCAGGCCAACACGAAGAGAGACUUCAAAGAGGCAAGGAGGAUUCUCAAGGAGGAAGGAUUUGAGAAUUGGCAAGAUUACACCCGUCAUCUCUUCAACUGGGCCUUCUCGAUGUUCGCCUCCCGCAGCUUCCGCCCAUCGCUCGUCACGCCUGCAUCCUUCCAGAAGCGCGAGCUUCCCGAGAACGUCAAGAUUGACGACUUCUCUGUGUUGCUUCCAGUGUACGAUAUCAUCAACCACGAUAUCAAAGCCAACGUUCAAUGGACGGCAGAUCAACAGGGUGAUGGUUCAGAGGCCUGCCGCUUCAUCACCUUUGACAACUACAAGCCCGGUGAGCAAGUCUUCAACACAUACGGCAAGAAAACCAACAGCGAGCUGCUGCUAUCGUACGGGUUCAUGCUUCCAGAAUCAGACGGGUUCCACAACGACUACGUGCACCUGCGGAAGAAGGAGAGUGCCACAGCGACAAGCGAGAGCACGGGAGCGUCUGAUGCAACAGGUAUCGCCCCAACAAAGAAACAAGCACCAAAGGACUUCCUCGUCUCGUUACGGCCGAUGAACAACCCGAGCUCGUUCGUCGGGCAGAACCGAAACCUGGUCGCCAAGGAAGCCAGUUUCGACCUCCGCCCGGAGUUCUCUCACGUGGAGGACGCCCUCGUCUGGGACCUGUGCCUUUCCAUCGUCGGUGGUGACGAUGCGAAGGACGCCUUCAUCGACAGGGUCCUCGGCACAGCGCGAGAGGCCGAGUCGCCAGCGCCGGAGUAUCAACGCGCACGUGAGCACGAUGCUCUACAGAAGGUGCUGUCCGGCUCGGCGGCGCUGCCGCAGGAGGUGGAGCCCGUGGUGGCCCACGUCAAGGAGCUGCUGCUGGCGAAGCUAGGCAUGGAGUAUGACAAGUUCUGCGAGGCGGACCCUGGGAUGGGCGUGGACGAGGAGGGAAACGAGGUCGAGUUCGAAGUUGAGCCGCAGACGAAGAACCAGGAGAUUGCGCUGCAGUAUCGGGGGCAGGUGAAGAGGGUGUUUGAAAAUGCCAUCGGUGCGCUGGUACCUGACUGGAAAGACGCGGCAGUGGAGGAAUAAAAGAACAAGUCUUGAGUACCUGCUUAAGCUUUUACUAUACUAUGGUGAUUUGGCCUCGUGAUAACAAAUAAAGAAUUUUGCUAUCAAUCCAAACGCAUUUCCC